UACUUAGUUUAUAUUAAAUUGGAAACCUUUACAAAACAACAUAGUUCUCCUAGAUGGCACUGUUUCACGAUAUAAAAAUUUAUAUAUUUUAUGGAACAAAUUGAAUUCUCUAAUAUAUUUAAUAAGAGAACACCAUAAUUACUUAAUGUAGUAGAUGAUAUUCUAAGAAAUGUGUAUAAACAGAGAGGAGUGUAAUAUAAAUAAUUGCUUCUUUACACAUAUGUACAUGUAAUAAAUAGCUGUGGUGAAGUGACAAUGUAUGUCUGUCAUGUUGUUUCUUUCAAAAAUUCAGCUUUUUAUCAAACUAUGAAGAAUUGCGAAUUAUAGCGCAGUGGCUAUUAAUUCUAGAAUAUAUUUUCUGAAAUAUGUUUAAUCCUGUUCAAAUAAAACAUGAAUGUAUGGGAAUAGAAGAUGUUAACUUUGGUGAUAAAGUUAAUACCUCAAAUAAUUCCAAAUAUCCAACAUUUAUUGAAGAAGAUGUUGAUUAUAAAUAUAAUGAGAUAUCACAUUUUUGGAGUCACGCACAGUUAUCAAAUGAAAUACAUCCAAAAAAUGAAAUUCAUGGUCAAUAUAAUUUAUUCCAAUCUGAAGAAAAUACUUCCUUAGCAUAUAUGAAAAAUUAUGUACAAAAUAAUACAAAUUUUCAAAUUAAUCAAGAAGGAAAUUUGAAUCAAAUGAAUCAGCAAUGUCAUAUAAACAUGAAUCAAAAAACUGUGAACAGUGAACAGUCACAAUGUCCUCAAAGUAUACAAGCAGCAAAGUUUACAAGUCAAAUAGUAUCAAUUUCAGAGCCUAUAUCUUCCAUAAAAUCUAAUCGUCCUGGAAGACCACCCAAAGGUUCUUCAGACACAAACAUAGGAAAAAAACUUAAAUGUCAAUGUGAAAUAUGCUUCAAAGAGUUUGGACAUAAAAGUAAUUUAUUUAUACAUAUGAGAACACAUAAUGGAGAACGUCCUUAUAAAUGUAAUCAGUGUGAAAAGUGUUUUACCCACAGUGGAAACUUAGCUAUCCAUAUGAGGACACACUCUGGUGAAAGACCUUAUGGUUGCCAAAUAUGUGGAAAAAUGUUUAGUCAUAGUGGAAACUUAUCGACUCAUUUAAGAACUCAUUCAGGUAUAAAGCCAUAUAAAUGUGCUGUAUGUGGUAAAGAAUUUAGGCAUAGUGGCAAUUUAUCAAUACAUGAAAGAAUCCAUUCCGGAAUUAAACCAUUUCAAUGUAAGGUUUGUGGGAAAGACUUUUAUCAUAGUGGAAAUUUAACGACUCAUAUGAAAAAACAUAUUGUAAAUAUUAACACUAGCAUUAAUCAAUGUGAAAAUAAUGAAAAGCAAGCAUUAUGUACUGCAAAUCUUAAUACCACUACAUCUAUAAAUUCGUUCAAUAAUUUAUCAAUGAUUCAAAAUACUAAUGUCAAACUGACGCCUAUUGAAAAUAAUAUUGUUCCUAUAAAAAAUGAAAGUAAUGAUGAGGAGUCAACAAAUGCAGUUGGGGUAUUAACACCAACAUCAACUUAAGUAUGCUAAAUAAAUACUUUAAUGAUAGUUUAACUUAUGAAUAUAUUUUGUAAUUAUAAUUGCUGUAAAAAUGUAUUAUCAGAGUUUAAAUUUCUUAAUGAUCAACAAUUGCAUCAAUAAUUAUGGAUAUAUAAAUAUAUAUUUUUUUGGAAUUAUAAGUUUUAUAUUGUAAAAAGUGAAAUCUCUCUACAUGGCAUCUUUGAUAUAUAAAAUACAAUUGAAAAUU